AUGGAAGAAGGGCAACUUAGUCUGACAGAUGGACGUAGAAAUGUUGGAAUUAAAGGAGGAGGAGGGAGAAAGAGGAAAGGAAGUAGUAAUGAGGAUUUUGAGUAUUCUCCACCACUACCAAAAUCUUCUCCCCUUCUUUUACAACAACAAAAACUUUCCCCAUCAAAACAUGUUUGCACAGAAUGCGGUAAAAGUUAUGCUACAAGUUCAAAUCUUUCUCGACAUAAACAAACACACAGACCUAUUGAUAGUCCACACGCUAGAAGGUGCCCUUAUUGUGAAAAACCUUAUGUUUCAAUGCCAGCAUUUGCAAUGCAUAUAUUAACACACAAAGCUAAACAUAAAUGUCCAAUUUGCGGAAAACUUUUUUCUCGUCCAUGGCUACUUAAAGGACAUUUACGUAGUCAUACUGGACAGAAACCUUUUGGUUGUGGAAAUUGUGGAAAAGCAUUUUCUGACAGAUCUAACCUUCGAGCACAUUUAAAUACACAUAAUGCUGAAAAACGUUGGAGUUGUGCUCAUUGUGGGCGUGGAUUUGUAUUAAAAAGUUAUUUAAAUAAACAUCUCGAACAACAACAUGGAGAUUCUAAUUUAGUUAAUAAUGAAGAAGAAGAGAAGGAAAUUGGAAAUAAUUAG